AUGAAGGUUUCGGCUCUCAUCAGUGCUCCCGACGCGAUUACCAGGGAAAAUCGAGACAGGUUAACAAUGGCCCCAAAGAAUCGGCGUACCAAGACUCCCAAACAGCCGGAUUCUCACAAUAUCCGGCCAGCCCUAACACCAGGCAGAAAUUGGACACCUUUUUACCUGGUUGUUGCGUCAGCUGCAAUUUUCAUUGCCUGGUGUUGGUGGUAUGCUUUGAGGGACAAAGGGGCUGUAGAGUUUCCGGACUACACGGAGAUCAAAAAUCUGAAAAUCUUCAUCUACCCCGACCCGGACAUUGCAACAUUUACUUCGAAAAUUGCCGGGAAUUGUAUCCUGCCCGACUACAUUAUAAAAAACCUUCGAGGUUCGGCAUUUUCUACACUGGACCCAGAUGAAGCAGACUUCUUUUUGGUGCCCUUCCUCUUCCACUCUGUCCGUCAGAAGCGAUCCGAUGCCGAUGUGGAAUCUACUCUAACGAAAUAUGUGAGACAAAUCAGUCUUAGUUAUCCAUACUGGGAUAGGUUUCAUGGGGCGGACCAUAUCAUAGUCCCCUGUUCUAGUGGGGACAUGAUAACUACUGGACGAGUGCCGAUGCUCGAAAAAACAAUCCGAGUGGUUUGUUCAGUCAAUCGGUGGUCAAAUUUUAGCAAAACAGAGGAUAUAUCUGCCCCUUGUGCCUUGCCGGAUUUCUUAGCACCCUAUCGAGAGAAUAAUUUGAAGAAGAGGACUACUCUUGCGUACUGGGAAGGGCUUGUCAACUCCAAGACCCGCAAGGUGCUAGUACAACGAUGGUCGGGCGUCCAGGAUUUGGAUAUCACAAAGGCGAGAAUAUUGGCGAGGGAAAGGGGUCCCAAAAUGAGAAAAGCCAAAUUCUGUCUGUGUGUUGCGGGGUCGCCUAAUCCGAAUGCCUGCAUAACGACAGCUAUUCUUAAUGGCUGUGUACCUGCAAUCGUGGAAGAUGGCAUUGUCUUGCCUUUCCACAACAUUUUGGAUUGGAGCAAGUUUGCUGUCAUUGUGAAGGAGAGGGAUAUUUAUCAGCUGAAGAAAAUCUUAGAAGAAAAGGCUGCAGCAUACACUAUGUUGCAUGCGAACUUGACAAAGGUUCAGACGCACUUCUUCAUGGAUUGGGGCAAAUCCACGGAAUAUGACGGUUUCCGGAUGAUUCUAUACCAGAUCUGGCUUUUGAGGCCUUCAGGUGCAAGAUCCUGA